UUUUUUUUCUUCUUCACUUUUUAUAUAGCUGCACAGUGAUUACAUGUUUGUAGUUUGGGGCUCUUAGCAAUUUUUUCCAAACUCUCUCAGCUCUCUAUUUCUCUGGCUUAUUUUCCCUUGAGUUUUUUUUUUUAUCCAGUUGUGUGACGUGUGAGAGGAGUUCCUGCCCAUGUUUCAUGCAUUGUAGUUUAGAGGGAAGGAGAGGGACUCACCGAGAGGCGGACAUUUACUUGACCUGUCAAAGGGAAGAUGAAUUGAAGGUAUAAACAAGGAGAGACUGUUGGUGUUUUGGCCUGAGUGCGUAUGCUUUGUCCUCACAGGGGAGCCAGACGCGGAGGAGGAAGGACGUGGAGAAGAGACUAAAGCUGAGAGAAAGUGAGAAAGUGACGUGGAGGGAGAGAGAGAAGAGGAUAAGUUACCUAAUUCUGUCGCCUGUAGGCAAAGGUGGAUGAGAAGUUACAGUUGAGGAGUGACACAGGAGGAGGAGCACCAGCCUGGGGGGGGGGGAACCACCAGUUCAGCCUUCUUCUAGCAACAACGGGACAGGAUGAGGUACCAAGGCAGGGAAGUGGAUGUUGAAGGAAGAGUGCGCCUGGUGAUGGAGAGUGCCCUGACUGCCCGGGACAGGGUUGGGGUGCAGGACUUUGUCUUGCUGGAAAACUACAACAGCGAGGCAGCCUUCAUAGAGAACCUACGGAGACGAUUUGGAGAAAACCUCAUUUAUACAUAUAUUGGCUCAGUGUUGGUGUCGGUGAACCCUUACAAAGAGCUGGAGAUUUACUCCAAGCAGCAGAUGGAUCGCUACAGAGGGGUCAGCUUCUAUGAGAUAUCGCCUCACAUCUAUGCCGUGUCAGACAACACUUACCGGGCCAUGCGGACUGAGAGGAAGGACCAGUGUAUUCUCAUAUCGGGCGAGAGUGGAGCAGGUAAAACAGAGGCCUCCAAGAAGAUCCUCCUCUACUACGCAGUCACCUGCCCCACUAAUGAUCACAUGGCUGCCCUUGGUGACCGCCUUCUGCAGUCUAACCCUGUUCUGGAGGCAUUCGGCAAUGCCAAAACACUGAGGAAUGACAACUCCAGCCGCUUUGGAAAAUACAUGGAUGUCCAGUUUGACUUUAGGGGGGCACCAGUGGGCGGUCACAUCCUGAACUACCUGCUGGAGAAAUCCCGUGUAGUACACCAGAACCACGGUGAGAGGAACUUCCACAUCUUCUAUCAGCUUCUGGAUGGAGGGGAUGACAACCUGCUUAACACACUGGAUCUGGAAAGAAAUCCUCAGAACUACCACUAUCUGGUCAAGGGCAAUUGUCCCAGGCUCAGCUCUGUCAGUGACAAGAAUAAUUGGAAAGUUGUGAUGAAGGCCCUGCCUAUAAUUGGCUUCACCGAGGAAGAAGUGCAGAAAUUGCUGAAUAUCAUCGGCAGUGUUCUCCACCUGGGAAACACUCAGUUUGGGGAAGGGGAGGAAGGAGAAACUUAUAUCACCACUGAGACUCAGAUAAACAAUAUUGCGAAGCUGUUGGGUGUUGAUGGCUCAGCCCUCAGGGAGGCACUCACUCACAAGAAACUCACUGCCAAAGGAGAGGAGAUGAUCAGCCCACUAAAUUUUGAGCAGGCAGUGUCUGCCCGUGAUGCCUUAGCCAAGGCUGUGUAUGGUCGGACCUUCACUUGGUUGGUGGAGAAGAUCAACCAGUCGCUGGCUCUGAAGGAUGAACUCUACCAGAGCAGUAAGGGCUCCUCCGUUAUAGGGCUUCUAGAUAUAUAUGGCUUUGAGGUCCUACAGCACAACAGUUUUGAGCAGUUUUGCAUCAACUACUGCAAUGAGAAGCUCCAGCAGCUGUUUAUUGAGCUCACUCUGAGAUCUGAGCAGGAGGAGUAUGAGACAGAGGGAAUUGCAUGGGAGACAGUGCAGUACUUUGACAACAAGAUAAUUUGUGACCUGAUAGAGGAGAAGCACAAAGGCAUCAUCUCCAUUCUGGAUGAGGAGUGUCUGAGACCUGGAGAGACCUGCGAUGUGUCCUUUUUAGAGAAAUUGGAAGACACACUUGGUGGCCAUCCCCAUUUUGUCACGCACAAGUUGGCAAAUGGAAAAACCCGCAGGGUGAUGAGUAGGGAGGAGUUCAGGCUGCUGCAUUAUGCUGGAGAGGUCAACUACAAUGUCAAUGGUUUCCUCGACAAGAACAAUGAUUCGCUGAACAGGAACCUGAAAGAGGUCAUGUGCCAGUCAGAAAACCAGAUCCUAAGGCACUGCUUUCGCAGAGAGGAAGUGAUAGACCAGAAACGCUCAGAAAUGGCUGCCACUCAGUUUAAAAACAGCCUGAUGAAACUCAUGGAGAUCCUCAUGUCUAAAGAGCCAUCCUAUGUGCGCUGUAUCAAACCUAAUGAUGCCAAGCAGCCAGGAAGGUUUGAUGAAGUUCUGGUCAGGCACCAGGUGAAGUACCUGGGCCUAAUGGAAAACCUGAGGGUCAGGAGAGCUGGCUUUGCCUACCGACGUCGCUUUGAAGCCUUCCUGCAGAGGUAUAAGCCCCUGUGUCCUGAGACAUGGCCCAACUGGCAUGGCAGACUGGCAGAUGGUGUCUUGACGUUGGUCAACCACCUAGGCUACAAAGCAGAAGAGUACAAACUGGGAAGGUCAAAAAUCUUCAUCCGUUUCCCAAAAACUCUCUUCACCACUGAAGAUGCACUAGAAGCAAAAAAGCCAGACAUAGCUCUGGCGCUGCAGACAUCAUGGAGAGGCUACAGGGAGAGAGCCAAGUACCAACGCAUCAGACACGCAGUGAUAAUGAUCCAGUCUGGGUGGCGUGGGAUGAAAGCACGCAGGAGGGCUAAGAGGCGUCGACAGGCUGCUGAUUUAAUACGCAGGUUCAUAAAAGGCUUCAUCUACCGUCAUGAGGAAUACUGCCCUGAGAAUGAGUAUUUCCUGGAUCAUGUACGCUACUCCUUCCUGAAGAAUCUACGCAAAAACCUGCCCAAGAGCGUUUUGGACAAAAGCUGGCCGACACCUCCUCCCUCCCUUGUUGAGGCCUCGGAGCACCUGCGGAGGCUCCACAUGAGAAACAUGGUCAUAAAGUAUUGCAGGAGGGUCCAGCCUGAAUGGAAGAAGCAGAUGAUGCAGAAGGUUGAAGCCAGUGAGAUCUUCAAGGAUCAGAAAGACAGCUACCCUCAGAGUGUUGGGAGGCUGUUUUUGGACUCCAGGCUGGAACGUGAGCAGAUCAAUCUCAAAGUGGUCCAGACCCUCGGCAAUGACAAAGUGCAGUACGGUGUUGCAGUCAUAAAGUAUGACAGGAGGGGUUUUAAGCCUCGCCCUCGCCAGCUGCUCCUCACUAACACCUUUGCUGUGCUGGUGGACAGGACCAAGAUCAAACAGAGGAUUGACUACGCUGCUCUGAGAGGUAUCUCUGUGAGCUCUCUGAGCGAUGGGAUGUUUGUUCUGCACAUGCCCAGUGAGGACAAUAAGCAGAAGGGCGAUGUGGUGCUGCAGUGCACCCAUGUGAUUGAGCUGGUGACAAAACUAGCCAUGAUGGCCAACAAGGUCAACUACGUCAACAUCAGCCCGGGCAGUAUUAGGUUUGCUGUGGCUCGAGGCAAGGAGGGAAUCAUUGAUUUCGUCAGGGGUUCAGAGCUAAAGGUGGCCAAAGGCAAGCGAGGACAUCUGCUAGUGACUGCCCCUCGGAUCAACACCACAUGAAGAACGGAAAACAGCAACCAGACAAACAGUAAUCCUUUUAGCUAACCGGAGGAUUGCCACUCAGAAGUUAUUAAUUAGUUAGUAGUCUGCAGCAUGAUACCACAAAGCACACACAACAGAAGAAAGAACCCUUAUUAAUUCAUAUACAUCAUCAUUAUUACAAGUGUUGCAAUAAUUACUGCUAAUUCUUUUAAAGAUUAGAAAAUCAUACCAUGAAGUCGCCACUGUUCCAAAUGCUUCAUCUUUUUAUUGUCAUAAAUAAUCAUACACAAAUAUAUUUAAACACAUCAAAUAUAAAAAUGUCUUCUAAUGUAAAACACUUUACCUCUUUAUUUUAAGAGAAAUAAAACAAACCACUUUGAAAUAAAUAACAUGUUAAUAAAUAUAUUAAUAAAUAGUAAAUAUAUCUUUGGAAAGUCCAGUAGAUUGAGGGCUUGGGGGAAAAACAGGAUGUUGGAAAGAGUUCUCUCUGCUCUGGCAGCUUAUUGCUAACUUACAGUUAGAGCUUAGACAGAAACUCUGGGAAAUACCCAAGAAAACCCAUAAAUAUGCACUAAAACAUCAUAUAAAAAAGCUUAAAUGGUAGCUCUGUGUAAAGUGUUGACAACACCACUGCAGCACUUAUUAAAGUUAUCACUUGUAUUCCAA